UAUUUUUACGCGUCACAACUUCCGCGCAAAGCAAAUUAUUUCUAAUUAUCUUAUAGAAACGUUUGUGUCAUACUUUUACAGUAAAGUCCAGAUUUAUUCGCGUGGAGGAAGUUGCUCACAGUUUUUUGUGAUUUAGGUGAAUCAUCCCCUGAAUCAUUGCGCAGUAGUUCAUGCGCCAUGCCAGCAAAACCUUCGCGCGCGUCGAGAUUUUUUUCUUUUACAGCAGCAGUAAUUCACAGCUUUAUCAUAUGAACUCCAAAGUUCAGCCCAAUGACGGAGGAAAACGCACCGAGAGAGCGAGGUGAGGGAGGUAGGAGGGAUGAAGGCGCUUUUCUUUCCAGUUCCAGUCUGUCUCGCCAUCGUUUGGUGAUUUUUUCCCUGCGGAAAUCAGCCUGGAAUGAAGAGGACUUCCCUGCUCAUCGAUCCGUUCACGAUGUUUGCAUUUUCAACAGUCGAGCAACGAGGACUGUUGCUGAAGAUAGAGCACUGGUCCAACCGUCACCAUGUUCUGCUUUAACCUGUCAAACCCAUACUGGUUCAACUUUUUAAAGCCAGAUCUUAGAUUUUAAAGCAGUCCUGACCAACAUCUGUCCUGAAUGUGAUGGGAAGAGGUCAUCACCUCACCUAACAUGAUGGAAUCUGGUCUGUCACCUUUCAAAGACUCUCUGGACCUCAACACCAGCAACAGGAGCUGGAGUGGCUUUCUAAGGCACAAUCACACCGAGCACCUUCAUUACCACUUCCACAACGUCCUUCUGGGAGUCUCUCUGGGACUCCUUUCUCUUCUCACCAUCAUAAUGAACCUGCUUGUCCUCUAUGCUGUGAAGAAAGAAAAGAGUCUCCACACGGUGGGGAACCUGUACAUCGUCAGCCUGUCGGUGGCAGAUCUGAUCGUCGGGACGACGGUCAUGCCUCUGAACUUGAUGUAUCUGUUGGAGGAUGAGUGGAAGCUGGGACGGGCGGUGUGCCAGUUCUGGCUCAUCAUGGACUACGUGGCCAGCACAGCUUCUAUCUUCAGCUUGUUCAUCCUGUGUUUGGAUCGGUACCGCUCGGUCAGACAGCCUCUCAAAUACCUGAAAUAUCGAACACGGGGAAAAGCCAGCGCGAUGAUCUCUGGAGCCUGGCUGCUGUCGAUGAUGUGGAUUAUUCCCAUUUUAGGAUGGAGGUCUUUCGCACGGGUCGACCUGAAACCCGAGGAGGAGAACAAGUGUGACACAGACUUCCGUUUUGUCACGUGGUUUAAGGUCAUCACGGCUGUUUUCAACUUCUACGUACCCUCGAUUCUGAUGCUGUGGUUUUACACAAAUAUCUACUUGGCUGUGAGGCAGCACCUGAGAGACAGAGAGAGAAUCAUUCACCCAGUAGAUUCAUUUGGGGAAAAUGAGAUUGGAGGAAAUGCUCCAAGCUCUCAAAGAAAUGACUCCAAAUCACCAAAGAUUGAAAAUGACAUGUCAAUAAAAUCAUCCAAAAAAGAGCGACUGCUGGACCAGAACACUCUUGACCAGACCUAUUCUCUUGAGGAUGCUGAUAAAACCAAAGGCGCUCCAUUCAGAGCUCACAGGAAAAUAGGUGUUAAGUGCCAACAGACGUCACUGCUUACCAUGACAACUAAACGACUCCGAAUGGCACGCAGAGCUAAAACCUGCUCUCUGUCUCCUGAAGAGUUGAAACCAGAAGCUGAGAUUCCCCUGAGCCAACCAACAGCACCGCAGGAUGUGACAUGCUCAGGUGGGAACAAUGAGAACAAACUUCAAGCCUCUUUAAAUGAAUGCCACGUCACAGUGCCGAACUCAGUGAGCGGCGUGUGUGGUAGCAGCCAGGUGUCGGAUGUUCAGAGAUACACAUCUGUGCUCUACGACAGCUACGAUCCCAGCCAAGCUCUGCCAUGGCCUGAGGAAGGAGCAGAAGAUGCUACAAUAGAUCCAGACAACCCAGUGACUCUCAAACAAGCGUGGCACAGGUUUAUCGACCAAUCACGACACCGUAUACAGAGUCUGAGGAUCCAUAAGGAGCACAAAGCAGCCAAGCAGUUAGGUUUCAUAAUAGCUGCUUUCCUACUGUGUUGGAUCCCCUACUUCAUCGUUUUCAUGGUGAUGGCAUUCUGCCCAGAGUGUGUGCACCACGAUCUUCACAUGUUCACCAUAUGGCUCGGCUACAUCAACUCCACACUGAACCCUUUUAUAUAUCCGCUCUGCAACGGAAACUUUAAACGGGUCUUCAAAAAUAUUCUGAAGAUGAAUCUGUGAGAACAAAGGGAAAACCAGCAGGAGUCUUGGGGUUUUCUAAGUGUAAAUACAACCUAAAUACAUGUUUCGGUCAUAAUGUUAUUUAUUGUACAGCCUGCACCCUUUUUUAAAUUAUUUUUGUAAACUGCUGUUUGACUUAAAGUUUAAUUUCAAAAAGGAAAUCUCAGCCUACUGUUAUUAAUUCUGUCUGUUAUGGUAUUCGUUAUGUUUUUUAGCCAGAGGUAGUUUAAGUGUAAAGAACUGUAAAUAGGAUCAAGGCUUUUAAAAGACAGCGCCUGAGAUCAAACGAGUAGAAAUGAAGGUCUUGAAGGAACGUCCGUUACCAAAAUCCUCUCAUGCUGAAGUAUAAACUAUUAUCUUGUGUUGAUAAACGAUGGAGUGUACCACUUAGGGCUGGGUGAUAUGGUCUAAAGCAUUAUGGUACAUUGAGGACUUCACCUCGAUAACGAUAAUUGGACGAUAACUACAAGUAUGUGCAAAAACAAAGUUGUCCACUAGAUGGGGUUGUCGUGUGUAUUACUUGGAUUACUUUGGCCUAGUCCACACAUAGCCGGGUUUUUUUGAAAACGAAUAUCCGCCCCUCCAAAAACUUGCAUCCACACCACCGCGUUUUAAAAACAAACUCUGUCCACACGUACCCGGAUAAAUACGUUGUUAAGGACAUGCCAGACCUGUAGGCGGCAGUACUUCCCCCGUUCUUAACCUCGUCCUUCGUCUGUGGUCUUCAGCAAGGAGCAGUAAUUCCGCUUGCAAAAACAAACAAGCAGAAAGCGCUUGGACAAUUGAUGGAUCGGGUAGUGACAGAGCACAGCUCUGAGGGCUUCCAUGAUGCCGGCUAGUGUAAACACAGGUCGCAGACGUGAUGUCAGCAUUUUUUGUCACGGAAAGUGACGUUGCGGACCUUAAAACUCCGGUUUUGUCCGUCCACACGCAGAAACCCAAAACGGAGAAAACGCAGACCUUCACUUUGGCCAGAGUUUUUAAAAAGAUCAGUUUUCGUGUGAAAAAACUCCGUUUUCGUGUGGAUGACAGGCCAAAAUGUAGAAAAAUAUCUACGUUUUGGCAGAUGCCCGGCUACGUGUGGACAGGGCCUUUGAUUCACGUUCAUGUGACUGGAGGUGGUACAGCUUCUUAAAGGGACACAAAUGUCGCCAGCCCACACACAUCUUUCCAUUUUUUUCAUUACAGAAUUUAUUGACAUGGGAAAAAUGAUAUCAGUUAGUUAGAAGAUCCCAUAAUGAUACAUUUUAGAUUUAUUGCUCCGUCCUGGUACCGCUCAAUGCUUACCGCUCAAUGCUUGUGAUGGAGAAGAUGCUUUACUAUUACAACACCAAGAUUUAGCAUAACACCUGUAGUCGUUUUUGUGUCGGCCAUCUUGAUUUGGAUUGGUCCUGCAGGGUUUUCUUUGCUGUUUGUGGCAUUUCAUUGACCAAGGAUAUGCCUGUAUCAAAAAGCAACUGUGCCACUAGGAAGCCUUUGGUCAUUCAAAAGUGGUCAGCCUAUGGCGGCAUUAUAGUGCGAUCAUGUUUUUCAUGAACGAUUACGUGUUGGCGGGAUAAAAGAGAUGUGGGGGUGGUGUCCACUAGGGAUGUGAAUCUUGGAGCAACUCACAAUUUGAUUCGAUUCUGAUUCUUGGGGUGCCGAUUCAAUUCAGAAUCGAUUCUCGAUUCUCAAUUUAAAUCGAUUCACAAUCAGUUUUAACAAAGAGUGUCAGCUCCAGGAUUAACUACUUUGUUAUACAAGUUAGUUAAAGCUAUGGGACAUUUUUAUUUGCUCCAAAAAUGCAAAUUUACAAUGUAAAAUAAAGUGAUUCUAAAACUGUAAACAGAAGCAAUAUUUUGACCAAAAGGCAACAUUUAUUUUUGCUUACCUUGUAAAAUAUAACAAAUCCGUAGUUACCUAACAGUAGCUUUGAAAGUAAUAUGGUCAAAUACUUUUCAAGUAUGUGUAGAAACAAGUUACACGAGUAAUCCUGAGUACUCAUUUAUCAACUUAGAAAAUAAAUAUGAGAAUUUCUCAAAUUUCUGAGUAGGGAAAAAAUUACAUUCAAGUGCCCUCUUAUCAGCAGAUUCAAACAUAAAUCAUCUCAAUUUAUGGGACCACAAAAGUAAACUGACUCUCCUAACAAAGAUUAAAAAACAGACAAAAGUGCAUCUCGAACCUGUAACAUGCCAAAUAUUUGAGUUCUUGGGAUCGAUUCUGAACCUUUGUGAAUCGAUUCUGAAUCUUUAUAAGAAUCCCGAUUCAGACUUCAAUCAAUUUUUUUCAGCACCUCUAGUGUCAACACAUCCCUUUAGCUAGAAUGUAACUUCUUUUUGAUCCCAAUUUAAGCCACACUCCUUAAGUUGUUUUCACAAGCUGUUCCAAACCGUGGCUGUCCUUCAUAGUCCCUGUCUGGUGAUCUGUGCUGCAGCUCUACUAGCCAGAAGUUCCCAGAUCUCUGCAUCGCUCCAGUUUGCCGUCUCAGCUGAUACCAUUUACAAAUGCGAAAGGGACUCAUGUUCACUAGCGUUUUUAAUCCUGCUGCUGGCUGGGGUUUGCGGACAUUCCACACACAAUCAUGAUAUCACCCUCUGUUGCACGAAGGUGUUAUGUUAAUAUUACUAUCAAGCUUGGCGGCACAAAUGGUGCAGUAUUACCCUGCUAUGCUGCCAAGGUGUGUCUUUUGAAAACAGCUUAGCUGCCACCAUAUCAAGUUUGGGUUGAGUUGAUGUAAAAUUCACUAGGUAUGUAUAUUGGAAGUUUUAAUUUGAAUUCAAGAGAUGAUUUUUUUCUAAAAGGAGAACAACGUUGACCCCAAAAGUUUACUUUUUCUAUGAUCUCCCAUGUUCAGUGUUAGUGCUCAGAGUGUGUAAUUAGGGACGAGUCUCUGAGACUCUGUUACUGCUUAUGAACAUUAAAGGCUUCAAGUUGACAGCAAACAGAAUUUCUACUUUUUAUGUGGAUAAUGUCUGAAUGAUACAAUAUGGAACACUGAAAGAAAAAUAUUAAGUUCUGCUACAUUUGUGAGAAAGUCUGUGAUUUGUGACGCGUUUGUCACAACUAAAUAAAAAUUCUAGUAAUUAUUUUUUAUUUCAGUUUUUGAAAAAACAAAAAAGUAUUAACAUGUGGUUAUUGAGGUUUUAUCUAUCUUGAAACUGUGUUAAAACAUGUUGAAAUUCACAAAAAUUGCAGUUUUUAGCAAUAACAGACAAUGGCAAAGUUACACUGGGCAUUGCCCUUUGUUUACUAUCAUCAUAUAGAACUACUGUGAAGUGUGAAGCUUGUGCAAUCAAAGUUGCCUUUAAAAUUUUCGGCUACACAGAUGCAAUUUUCAAAUAACCAGAUAAAUCAGAAACACAUUUUCACACAGUGACCCUAAAUCUGUUGUGUCUUUUGCUUCUUCAUACAAAAAGUCUGAGUCAAAAACUAAUAUUUCUCUGUUGAUGUCCAAGUUGUUUACAAUUUCAUUUUUGAUGUAGCAUCUGUUUUAUUAGCCUAAGAGUAGCAGUUAAUAUGUUUAUAAUCUGAGAUUAUUGCGACAGACAUGUACAAGAUCAGCAGAUUGUGCCUUUUGCUAAAAAUUAUGAAUGAAAUUUAGGGACAAAUAUUUAAAAACAUCUAUUCGAACCAAUAUUUUCUCAUAUUUUAUUUGCCACUUUUAGAGGAAAGCUGCUGUACCUCAAUUUGUAUUCAGUUAUUUGUAUCCAGACUGCAAUAUUUGUGAAACUGGAAAAAUUAGAAUAUGUUGCAAAAGUCCAUUUAUUUCAGUAAAUCAGCUUAGACUGAGAGACCAUCUAAAGGCUCAGGAACCCUUUGCAGGUGCUUCGGAUUCAUUAGCUGGUUAGAGUGUGACACUUUGAGUUUAGAAUAUUGAGCCUUUUCACAAUAAUUGUCAGAGAUUUUUGGAUUUGGGGUUUUCAUAAACUGUAAGCCUUAAUCAUCACUUAUAUAACAACUAAAAGCUUGAAAUAUCUGGUUUUGUAUCAGAUGUUGGUUUUAAGAUGAAUUACUAAAAUAAAUGAACUUUUGCACCAUGUACAAAAUUUCCAGUUUCACCAGAAGAUCUAAAUUAGCAGGAAUCCAUGGAAAAUGUGGUGUCCUGAAAACUCAUAACCAAAUCUAACCGAUCAGAGGCAGAAUGGAAAGGUGUGUUAAAGUUUUUAGACUUCUUUAACUAACCUUUCAUAACGUGAAUUGUGUUUUAGAAUAAAAAGACUAAUUUUUAUUUGAAUGAAGACUUUUAAUUGGUAUUCUGUCCCCCCAUUGCUCUAAUGUUAAUGUGAGUUUUUCCUUUUUUAAAUAUUUUUUAGAGAAUUAUAAUAAAGUUCUGUAGCUGUC